GCAUUCCAAACAGUUUGCGUCAAACUUGCUAUAAACAUUAUGGCACCCACCUUACAACAACUGACAGCUCUUUAGCAACGAGAGAAAGAGAUAACGAUGCAAACGGAGCGGAGCUAUAUCUGUUUCACUAGACGUCAGCUGUCACAUUGAUUGUUUUCUCUACAUAUUUUCCAACACACAAAAUCGUAGAAAGUUUUCUCCUUCGCUUCGAGUAUCAUUUCGAGGAACAGGCAGAUUUUCUAGUGAAUAUAUCAACAGUAUACAGUCUUUUGCGCACAAUGAAGUCCAUCCGGUUCCAGCGGUACAGUGUAUUGAUGGGAAACUGGCCAAAAAGUUGCUAGAGCCGAACUGCCGAGCCUUAAAACGUUUGGCAAGUCAUAUUUUUCGAGGACCCUUCCAUGCCAUGAAGGACACUGGAGAACGGCGAAGGCGUUGCAGUGCAAAACGAAGGAUUAUUGGUUCCGGAGUUAAUCGACUAAAGCAACGGUGAACCAACGCACAACAGCGGCUGUUGACACAACCAGUUGACCUGUCCUGACACUGCCACCCCAUAUCAAGGUCAACCGCACCCGGCGCUGGUUGCUUUUCGGUUCGUGAUGCGCUACAUGGAACGUAUUGCGCCAUCUGGUCAGCCCCUGGUGUGACGUCACUCCCGCCUAGAGGGAUUUACAUCAUAUACAACGGCAAACACGCACACUGACAGCAGAAACCCGAUUAUCAGCUAGAUAAAGUCAUUGAAGCCGCAGCAUCAGCUGUUAAUAGCGUGCGCAUUGCGAUUACAAAAAACUCUCCCGACACUAGCGAAAAACAAACACACCCAGUAGCAACAAAAAAUGGCUGACGGUGGGACAAACGGAACAUUUCUGCGCACCAUCGAGUGGGACAUGAUGGAUAAGCGAAAAUUCUUCCCCCUCUCGAUGCUCAGCUCAUUCUCGGUCCGCUGUGCCCUGUACCCGUUGACGGUAAUCAAAACGCAGCUACAGGUACAGUUCCGGAACGACAUCUACAAAGGGAUGAUCGACGCCGGGAUCAAAAUCUAUCGUGCCGAGGGUGUGCCAGGGUUAUACCGAGGAUUUUGGAUUUCUUCGGUACAAAUUGUGAGCGGUGUGUUCUACAUCAGCACGUACGAAGGCGUGCGCCAUGUGCUGGGCCAGUAUGGUGCAAACCAGCGUGCAAAAUCACUCGUAGCCGGUGGUUGCGCCUCACUCGUCGGUCAAACCAUUAUCGUACCGUUCGAUGUGAUUUCACAGCACGCGAUGGUACUCGGGAUGGGAGCACACGGCGGUAAGAACGGUGCGGUCAACCCGCUCGGUAUCAACUUCGACAAGGGUAGCAGCCGGUUACGCAUUACGCGUGACAUUGCGCGCGAAAUUCUCCGCCGGGACGGUGUGCGUGGAUUUUACCGGGGGUAUACGGCGAGCCUGAUGGCGUACGUACCAAAUUCGGCCAUGUGGUGGGCGUUUUAUCAUUUGUAUCAGGACGAGUUACUAAAAAUCGUACCACCGUGGGUGUCCCAUCUGUUUGUGCAGUGUGUAGCCGGUAGUUUCGGUGGUUUCACCACAACCAUCAUAACGAAUCCGCUCGAUAUAGUGCGGGCACGAUUACAGGUCCAGCGGCUCGAUUCGAUGAGUGUCGCUUUCCGGGAGCUGUGGCAUGAGGAACAUUUUCACAUGUUCUUUAAGGGACUAACGGCACGAUUAGUGCAAUCGGCCGCAUUUUCCUUCAGCAUCAUCCUUGGCUAUGAAACGAUAAAGCGAGUUUCGGUUAACGAACAGUAUCGGCACAUGAUCAGGUGGUAACAACGAAUGAUCGUGCUUUGAAUGGACGUUUCUUUCUGUUGGUGGUAGAAUGUAUCUUCGUCGUAGUAUAAUGUUCAUUCGUUUGUAGAUUCGUUUACACCAGUGUUGUGUACAUCUCACCAUGGAUCGUAGAAGCUAAGGAAACCAAUGUUAAAAGUAGAUUAACCGUGUUCCCCACCAUCCUUGAACCGUAGGAAUAAGUGAAAGAUGAAACAAAACUAAUUUACGUUAAACAAGAACUAGAACUAAAAACUUUAUGUGCAAUAUUUACGCGUAUCUAGGUUUAAAAAUUAAUGUUCAACAUAUAAGCUGAAUCAGAGAACACGGGGAAACACACACAACAAUACGCGUGUGUGUGUGUGAAAAUUAUAAGUUAAUCCCCAUAAAACAAAUCGUUCCAAAAAGGGACGAGGCGAACGGUCAGACAAUAUCCAUUGCAUGUAGAACGUAUCUCGCACACACUUUCGCAGUUGUAGCAGCUACUAUGCAUCUCUUGUAAAUGUCCUUCCACUCAAUAAUGCCUUUCCGGCCUGGAUCGUAGAUCAUUAUUUAAGUUCAGAGUCACUGCAAAUAUGUAUAUUUUAUUUUGUAUAUCAAGUGAGUUGCUCUCGAAAAAAAGCAAUUGAAUACGGUUGACUUCUUGAACAGUCAAUCCGUACACAGUAUCACAUUUACUUUUAUUUCUACACAACAACAAAAAAAACGCGAAAGAGGUAGGAUUUUUAGUUUUGCCGUUGUCGUUUGUGAAACAAAAUAAUAACUUGACAAUAGGAAACACAGCGCAGAAGUUUGGUAUUGUACACGCGCAAGAGAGUUUUACCGUGUGUUCCCGUUUGGGGGAAGGGAGCGUAAAUGAAACCAAAAAGUUAUAUAAAACAGAACAAGCUUUAAUAAAGCGAACACGUUUAAACUGUUA